UUGACAGCUUUAUCAAACGUGUAAAGAUUGUUUUGAUUCCAGCGAAACAUAUUUCACAAAUCUUUGUGGCGAAUUUUCCAAUUUGCUAUAUUUAGUGCAAUCGAAUAGCAAAAUUGUUGCACAAAUGGCUGCUGCUCAAGCCCCUCUACGCCCGUGGAAUUCUAACCUGCAACACAGUGAUCGCGAGCGCUGGAUAUGUAUCUAUCCCGCAUAUGUAAACAAGAAGAAAACCCGUCAGGAAGGUCGUCGUAUACCGAAGGAAAACUGCGUGGAGAAUCCGUCCUUCCAGGAGAUUCGUGACGUUCUACAGGUGCUCAAUUUGAACGUCAUUGUCGAGAACAAGCAGUAUUCGAGGGAGAAAAGCAAGGAACUUGCCUACCGCGGUAGGAUCCGUGUUCAGCUUCGAAAUAAUGAUGGCAGUCCUAUUCUAAAGGAAUAUCCGUCCAGGGAUAGUCUACUGUUCUAUUUGGGAAAAAUGAUUCCCCAGCUGAAAACCAGACAAAGUAAACCCAAUGAACAGCCUGUGCAACAACAUGCGAGUGGUUCCGGUGGACAAUCGCACAAGAAGGGCAAGGGCAAAAGACGAUAAAAAAAUAAAUCUCAUUGGAUUGGUCAGGCA